CAUGUUUGUUUUCCAAGAUGUCGGGGCAUGAUCCGCUGGUGAUGUGUCUCUGUGAAAUAACGAGGCUGCUGUGGAGGCUGCUGCUGCCGCUGCUGCUGCUCUGCUCGCUGCUGGUCGCCCUGCUGCUGCUGCUGCUGCUGGCGGUGCGCCUCGUGCUGCAGAGCUUCCGGAAGGCCCUGCGGGCGCGAGACGGCCGGCCCGCCGUGGCCUUCUUCCACCCGUACUGCCACGCCGGCGGCGGCGGGGAGAGGGUGCUGUGGUGCGCCGUCAGGGCGCUGCAGAACAGGUACCCCGACGUGAACUUCGUGGUGUACACGGGCGACCAGGGGGUCACGGGUCAGCAGAUCCUGGCGGGGGCGCAGCAGCGCUUCAACAUCGUCCUCCCGCGCCCGGUGCAGUUCGUGUUCCUGAAGCACCGCCUGCUGGUGGAGCCCAGCCUGUUCCCCCACUUCACCCUGCUGGGGCAGAGCGUGGGCUCCAUCUUCCUGGGGUGGGAGGCGCUGACGUCGUUCGUGCCGGACGUUUACGUCGACUCCAUGGGCUACGCCUUCACCCUGCCUCUGUUCCGCUACCUGGGGGGGUGCAGCGUGGCGAGCUACGUCCACUACCCCACCAUCAGCACUGACAUGCUGGCCGUCGUGAGGGAGCGGAACCCCAGGUUCAACAACCCGGACUUCGUCUCCAACAGUCUGUUCCUGAGCGCCGUCAAGCUGCUGUACUACUGCCUGUUCGCCCUGCUGUACGGCAUGGCCGGCUCCUGCAGCCACCUCGUCAUGGUCAACUCGUCCUGGACCCUGGACCACAUCCUGUCCCUGUGGCGCUGCCCCGGCCGCACCAGCGUGGUCUACCCGCCCUGCGACGUCCGCGCCUUCCUGGACGUCCCGCUGGAGGAGGACGGCGACAGGAAGUGCCACUCCGUCGUCUCCGUCGGGCAGUUCCGGCCCGAGAAGGACCACCGGCUGCAGAUCCGGGUCUUCAAGAAGGUCCUGGACCGCAGGAGGGAGGGACUGAGCGGCAGGGAGGCGGUGAAGCUGGUCCUGGUGGGCGGCUGCAGGAACCAGGAGGACGAGGACCGGGUGCGCCUGCUGAGGGGCCUCUGCCAGGAGCUGGGCGUCGCCGACAGGGUGGAGUUCAAGCUGAACGUGCCGUUCGAGGAGCUGAAGAGAGAGAUGGAGGAGGCGACCAUCGGGCUGCACACCAUGCGGAACGAGCACUUCGGAAUCGGAGUGGUGGAGUGCAUGGCGGCCGGGAAGGUCAUCCUGGCCCACAAGUCCGGCGGCCCCCAGCUGGACAUCGUCGUCCCGUUCGAGGGCGGCCAGACCGGCUUCCUGGCGGACGACGAGGACGGCUACGCGGACGCCAUCGAGAGGAUCCUCGCCCUGCCGCCCGCCGGCCGGCUGAACAUCAGACGCAACGCCCGGCAGUCGGUGGCUCGCUUCUCCGACCAGGAGUUCGAAGCCUGCUUCCUGGCUGCCAUGGAGCCGCUGAUGGGAACGCUGCGGCGGUGAGACGAGGCGGGACUGAGUCCGGGGGAUGCUGGGAACUCUGCUGAUGCACAGGAACAGACAGUCAUGUUUUCAGGGACUUCAGUCUUUCCCACAGACAUUUGAAAGAACCUUAAAAACUAUUUUAGCGUCACAGUUUUAGGACGUUUCUUCAUCUAACUGAUUUUCCCUGAAGCAGAAGAGAUUCCGUUGAUGUGCAAAGAAAUACUGUGAAUGAGUUCAGUGCACUGUUUACACGAUGUCGAAUGUUUCAAAGGUCCAGACUGUGAGCUAUUUUCAUUUCGCAGGAUGAUUGUAUGUGAUGUUUUUUUCCAUUCCUGUUGUGGUUUAUCAGACAAUCUUGUGAAACCGAAUAAAACAUUCCUGAUGUGAUCUGUGCGUUUGUCG